CUUGCAUUAUUUGGAAUGUUAAUCGGUCCAAUGAACGCCUUUCCUUGGGUUAUUAAUGGUGUUAUGGAAGCAACUGUAUCUAUUCAACGUAUUAUGAAACUGUCCUACCUGUCACAAGGUCCAUUUCCAGUAGAAUUGACUACUACAUCACUUUCUGACGCUGGUACACCAACAGAUAUUCCGAUUGUAUGUUCUUUUGCCGAGAAAUCUACAAUCAGUAUGCCAGUAAAUAUUGUCAAUGAAUCAUUUUAUUAUACUGAUCCGGAUAAACUGGUACUGAAGAAUAUCAGUCUUCAAGUGCAAUGGGGCGAAUUGAUCUGUGUUACUGGGCCAGUCGGUUCUGGUAAAUCAUCCCUACUUCUAAGUAUUUUGGGUGAACUACAGUCAAUUACUCCUGAAAAUGAGCUCAGAAAUCAAAAUUCACGACUUCGAUAUGCCUAUGUUGGACAAACUCCCUGGCUUCAUGCUGGAACUAUACGAGAAAAUAUUCUAUUUGGUUCUAAUUAUGAUCCAGCAUGGCUGAAUACUGUAGUUGAAGCCUGUGCUCUAGUAACUGAUUUGGACAACCUACCUCAUGGUUUGGAUACAGAUGUCGGUGAAGCUGGUGGUAGUCGUCUUAGUGGGGGACAACGAGCUCGUGUUGCUCUAGCUCGAGCUGUUUAUCAAAAAGCGGAUGUCUAUCUUUUGGAUGAUCCUUUAUCUGCACUUGACGUGGAUGUUAGCCAACUGGUGGCUAGCAAUUGUUUACUUGGUCUUCUGUCGGGAAAAACUCGAAUUAUUGUCACACAUCAAUUGGACUGGUUUAUGAAUACUACUGAUAGUGGGAAUGCUGCAGUGGACUUUAUUGUUGAAUUAAAAGAUGGAACUAUCAACCGAAGAAUUUCAGGCGAUCCUAACUCCAAUCCCCUGCAUCAAUCUACUGGUGAAAUUAAUAAUAUUUCAGGUCAUGAUGAGUCCGGAUUAUUCAGUAACAAUGACCAUAACAAUAAUAAUAAUAAUGAAAAUGGUAUUCACACUAUCGAUCAUGAAUCCUCAGUGCAAAUUGAUGAUGAUGAUGACGAUGUACCGUUAAUCGAUACUAAAGCUGAUAUCACCGCUGGCACAUCUGAGUUAAACCAUAACAAUCUAGAGAAUGGUGAUGAUAAUAAUAACGAUGUAACUAUGGAACAUAUAGCAAUGGGUUCAAUUAGUCCUCAUGUAUACAAGUCAUAUAUUCGUGCUGUUGGUUAUAUUCUGACUCUUUGUAUCAUUGUCUCCCUAUUGUUGAUGCAAGGUACUCGAAAUGCAUCUGAUUGGUGGUUAUCACGUUGGGUACAACAGAAUGGAAAUUUAUCUUCAUCAUCAUCAUCAUCAUUAUUCAAGGGAAUGAUGUCAUAUUCAAGCAAUUCAUUUCUUCCAGUUCAGUCUAUAAACUAUAAAGCCUUCAAUUUACACUCUAAACAUGAUACACAUCUAAUUAACUAUAAUCCAUCUACUAUUAAUGAUAUGCCACAAAAAAAUAAUAUGUAUCAUCUGAAUUCUACUACUCUAUAUCAUCUAAAGAUUUAUUCAAUUAUAGUGGCUAGUAAUAUACUCGCUACUGUAUUUCGUGCUGUAUCAUUCGCUUUCGGUGGUCUAGUUGCAGCAUCAGUUAUUCAUGAAUCUGCGUUGGAUACAAUUCUAGAGGGACGAUUGAAUUACUUUGAUAGUACACCACUAGGUCGUAUUGUAAAUCGUUUUUCAUCUGAUGUUGGCACUGUGGACGAUGCGUUACCAUUCCAACUGAAUAUACUGUUGGCUAGUUUAGCUGGAUUAUUGGGGGCAUUAUUUAUUGUUUGUCUAUCCUUGCCAACUUUAAUCUUCUUCCUGUUACCGCUUGUAUUUAUUUUUUGGUCUAUUCAAAGACAAUAUCGUGGAGCUGCAAGAGAUUUGAAAAGAAUAUCAAGUGUUGUCCGUUCGCCUGUUUACGCUCACUAUACAGAUACUUUGUCUGGUCUAACAGUAAUACGUGGUCUAGGCCAAGAAAUUCGUUUCCGCCAAAUAACAGCCUCCAAGUUAAGUGAUCAAAUACGCGCUGAAUUGACCAGUUUAGCUGCUGGUUCAUGGUUAAGUAUUAGAUUACAGUUAAUUGGUACCGGUGUCAUCGCUUGUGUUAUCGGUAUAUCAUUGGUCGGUAGAUUGUUUAACUGGACACAAGUUGCAGCUAUUGGUUUAUCAACUACCUAUGCAUUAAAUAUUGCCGGCUUAAUGACUAGUACAGUGUAUGAUAUGACUGAGACAGAGAAAAAUCUUGUUGCUGUAGAACGUUGUCAAGAGUUGACAGAUGAUACCCCAAUCGAAUGUGAUACUGUAUCAAUUAAACCAACAGCACCUCAACCUCGUUCUUCAUCACACAAUCAUCUUCGUUUACCGAGACAACGAAAAAGUGGUAUUACAUAUCCAGUUGGAGUACCCUUCAAUUGGCCAGCAUCAGGAUCUAUUUUCUUCAAUAACGUUUCGCUUACAUAUCGUCGUCACCAGUGUCAGUCAACUGCUGAACAACAGUCAAUUAAACCUUUAGAAGAAAUCAAUUUCACUGUGAAACCAGGUGAAUGCGUCGGGAUUGUUGGACGUACAGGAUCUGGUAAAAGCAGUCUGAUAAAAGUGUUAAUGCGUCUGGUUGAUCAUCUCCCUGGACCAUAUACAAAUGAAUAUGUAGCUAGUCAAACAGGAUUUGUAGGUGCUACUGGUGAGGUGUUUGUCGACGGAGUAGACAUUCGUACUGUUCCUCUCGGUCUUCUACGCUCUCGAAUUCUAUCUGUUUGUCAAGAACCAUUCCUUUUUUCUGGAUGUUUACGGGAUAAUCUAGAUCCUGAAAAUCAGCUAGACGACUCAACUUUAGAAGAUGCAUUGCUUACUUGUCAACUGGCUGGAGAUCGUUUACAAGCCUCUGAAUGGUUAACACGUAAUGUUGGAGAAUCAGGACGUGGUAUAUCUGCUGGUCAACGACAGUUGAUUUGUCUUGCUAGAGCUUUACUUCGUCAACCUCGACCUAAAAUUAUUUGUUUAGAUGAAGCGACUGCUUCAAUAGACGAUAAGUGUGAAGAAAUUAUUCAUCAAAUAUUGGAACGAGAAUUUAAAGGAGCUACUAUAUUACUCAUAGCCCAUCGACUUUCUUCUAUCAAUCGUCUGUGUUCACGUGUUAUAGUUAUGCAAUCUGGACGAAUAAUUGCAGAUGGUCCACCAGAAGAAACACUCUCCACUGUAUUUAAGCACAUCAAAGCUACAGAUCUGAUUACAUUAUGA